AUGUCCGCAUCUGGGGAACCUGCUCUGAGCCAGAAACAAGGAGGAGAAAGAAUUGUCUCGGCGGAGCAACAUGCCUCGGAGUUGCAACAGGACGCACACGUGCAGACCAGGAGGGAGACUCUGAGCGCGUACUUCACCAUAGCCGCCGCCGCAUUCGGUCUCAUUAGCGAUGGGUACCAGAACAAUUUGAUGACAAUGACAAAUGUUGUUUUCAAGAAAUUGUACCCUACAGAGUACACGGCCGACGUCUCUACGCGUGUCUCCAACUCGCUCCUUGUAGGAGCCAUCAUCGGGCAAGUCAUUGUCGGUCUCGUCUGUGACCGUAUUGGCCGCAAAGUCGCGCUAGUGGCGACGACCCUGUUGAUUGUACUGGGCGCAACCCUAGGCACCGCUGCGCACGGAGCGCAUGGCAGUGUGCAGGGUCUCUUUUGGUUCCUGACGUUCUCUCGUGGUAUCACUGGUAUCGGCGUCGGCGGAGAAUAUCCAGCUUCAAGUACCAGCGCAUCCGAGGCAGCGAACGAGAAAAUGGUCAAGAACCGUGGCCCCGUCUUCAUCAUGGUAACGAACUUCGUUUUGAGUUUCGGCGGACCGUUGGCCGUUUCCGUCUUCCUGAUCGUUCUGUCUGCGGCUGGCGAGGAUCAUCUGAGCACCGUGUGGCGUGUAUGUUUCGGGAUCGGAAUUCUGUUGCCGUUGUCGGUGCUCUUUUUCCGUCUGAGAAUGCUAAGCACGAAACUGUACAAACACGGCGCCAUUAAGCGCCGAGUGCCUUACGGGCUAGUAAUAAAGAGGUACUGGCGUGAGCUCUGCGGAACGUGUGGCGCAUGGUUUCUCUACGACUUUGUGACAUUUCCCAACGGCGUUUUCUCUGGAACCAUCAUCUCCAGCAUCGUUCACAAUAGUGACAUCAAACGAACCGCGGAAUGGCAGCUGCUUCUCGGAGCCCUCGCUCUUCCCGGGGUUUUCGUUGGAGCCUGGCUUUGCAAUCGACUUGGGCGACGAAACACGAUGAUGCUCGGCUUCUCAGGUUAUCUCGUCAUUGGACUGAUCAUCGGUUUGGCCUAUGACAAAAUUACGGGAAUCAUACCGUUGUUCAUCAUCCUGUAUGGCCUCAUGCAAUCUUCGGGCAAUCUGGGACCCGGAAAUAUGCUCGGUUUAGUGAGCGCUGAGUCAUAUGCCACCCCUAUUCGUGGUACUUGCUAUGGGCUUUCGGCUGCCAUCGGUAAAACCGGGGCUGCUGUCGGGACUCAAGGUUUUACUCCGAUUCAGGUCAAUCUCGGGAAAAAGUGGACAUUCAUCAUAGCUGCCAUUUGUGGUAUUACGGGUGUCAUCGUCACCUGGCUUUGUGUUCCGGAUAUGACUGGCGUUGACCUUGCCGAAGAGGACGCCAAGUUUAUGCAAUAUCUCGCUGACAAUGGCUGGGAGGGAGAAGUUGGUGAAGAGGAUGACAAAGAACUCAUUGUUGAACGAGAAGCAGGGUCUUCCCUCGAGGAGAAGCUUUGA